UCUCUGUCUUUACUCUUAUUCUUUCUCCCUCACUCUCUCUCUUUUCCCACCCUUAAGCCAAGUACAGGUACAGGGAUAGCUGUCUCAUCAUUGGUGGCUUAAAAUGAUGUUUUUGAACAAGAAGACGCUGGGUACUUUUGGUGACUAGCACUCUGUCUGUUUUUUUCCUUUUAAAUUCCUGAGCUAUUGUUAGCAGUACACCCUUUUAUCUCCAUUGCUACUGAAGCUGAAUGUUACUUGGGUGGAAAGCAUAACUGCUUUCUUUUCUAUGUCCUUAAACCCUUUGAUAAUGUUACUGUUUGAGAGUCCCUGAAGCCAGGAUACUAGGAGAGUCUGGCUUGUCUGAACAGCUGAACUACAAAAUAAUGGAGUAGGGCAGGUGGGUGGGGGAGCAGGGCGUUCUGUCGAUAAAAGAGCUCCCUUCUUUGCACACAUAGCCAGUUAAUCGGCCAUUCUGAGAUAGUUUGGAUGGGGAGGGGGAGCUUCUGAGAAUUGCCAGUGACAGUUAAGUGGCCUAUUGUUGACGUCCUCUGCUGAACGACUUGGUUGGAUUCAGCUUCUGCCUUACCCCCACCCCCUGUGGAUUUUCUGUUAGAUUCAUCAUUUGCCAUUCAGGCAUCAUCUUUCACUUUCUCCUUCCAACAUGACUGCUUUGUGUGCUGGCCCCUGCUUUACUCCUGCUAUUCCCAAACUAUAAAGGGAACUGUGUGGGGCUUCAGCAGGACUGAGAAAUUGACUCUGCUGUCUGUUGAGAACUCUAAUAAUGACUGCGGUGACCUUCAUGUCUAGCAGAAAACCCACUAUCUGUGCUAGCACAAUGAUGACCACCUGAAGACAGAGAAAAGGGAAUCUAGAUUGAAUUCCUUCUCAUACAAUAUAUAGUUAUUUCCUUUGUUCUCCUCUCCAUUCUCUUCUCUUCCCCUUCUCCCCAUCGCCACUGGAGGACUGAUCUCAAAUGCAGCUGUGACUAAAACCUCUAGGUGCUCUGCUAUCCUGAGGCCUGGGCCACGGUGCCCAAGGAAAGCCCCUGAAGCUCACCAGGAGGAAGAAGCAUGCAGGGCACCCCUGGAGGCGGGACGCGCCCUGGGCCAUCCCCCGUGGACAGGCGGAUACUCCUGGUCUUCAGCUUUAUCCUGGCAGCAGCUUUGGGCCAAAUGAAUUUCACAGGGGACCAGGUUCUUCGAGUCCUGGCCAAAGAUGAGAAGCAGCUUUCACUUCUCAGGGAUCUGGAGGGCCUGAAACCCCAGAAGGUGGACUUCUGGCGUGGCCCAGCCAGGACCAGCCUCCCUGUGGAUAUGAGAGUUCCUUUCUCCGAACUGAAAGACAUCAAAGUUUAUCUGGAGUCCCAUGGCCUUGCUUACAGCAUCAUGAUAAAGGACAUCCAGGUGCUGCUGGAUGAGGAAAGAGAGGCCAUGGCGAAAUCCCGCCGGCUGGAGCGCAGCACCAACAGCUUCAGUUACUCCUCAUACCACACCCUGGAGGAGAUAUAUAGCUGGAUUGACAACUUUGUAAUGGAGCAUUCCAAUAUUGUCUCAAAAAUUCAGAUUGGCAACAGCUUUGAAAACCAGUCCAUUCUUGUCCUGAAGUUCAGCACUGGAGGUUCUCGGCACCCAGCUAUCUGGAUUGACACUGGAAUUCACUCCCGGGAGUGGAUCACCCAUGCCACCGGCAUCUGGACUGCCAAUAAGAUUGUCAGUGAUUAUGGCAAAGACCGUGUCCUGACAGACAUACUGAAUGCCAUGGACAUCUUCAUAGAGCUCGUCACAAACCCUGAUGGGUUUGCUUUUACCCACAGCAUGAACCGCUUAUGGCGGAAGAACAAGUCCAUCAGACCUGGAAUCUUCUGCAUCGGCGUGGAUCUCAACAGGAAUUGGAAGUCGGGCUUUGGAGGAAAUGGUUCCAACAGCAACCCCUGCUCAGAAACUUAUCACGGGCCCUCCCCUCAGUCGGAGCCAGAGGUGGCUGCCAUAGUGAACUUCAUCACAGCCCAUGGCAACUUCAAGGCUCUGAUCUCCAUCCACAGCUACUCUCAGAUGCUUAUGUACCCUUAUGGCCGAUCGCUGGAGCCCGUUUCAAAUCAGAGGGAGUUGUACGAUCUUGCCAAGGAUGCGGUGGAGGCCUUGUAUAAGGUCCAUGGGAUCGAGUACAUUUUUGGCAGCAUCAGCACCACCCUCUAUGUGGCCAGUGGGAUCACCAUCGACUGGGCCUACGACAGUGGCAUCAAGUAUGCCUUCAGCUUUGAGCUCCGGGACACUGGGCAGUAUGGCUUCCUGCUGCCAGCCACACAGAUCAUCCCCACGGCCCAGGAGACGUGGAUGGCGCUUCGGACCAUCAUGGAGCACACACUGAAUCACCCCUACUAGCAGCACAACUGAGGGCAGGAGGCUCCAUCCUUCUCCCCAAGGUCUGUGGCUCCUCCCGAAACCCAAGUUAUGCAUCCCCGUCCCCAUGCCCUCAUCCCGACCUCUUAGAAAAUAAAUACAAGUUUGAACAGGC